AUGAUGAAUAGCUCAGUGAUAUCUGAGUUUGUUUUGUUAGGACUCACCAGAACGUGGGAACUUGAAAUUUUCUUUUUUUUCAUAUUUUUGUUGACCUAUGCAGCAAUCGUGACAGGAAACCUUCUCAUUGUGGUCACUGUAACCUUUGACUUUCACCUGCACUCCACACCUAUGUACUUUCUCCUUGGAAAUCUCUCCUUUCUCGAUAUGAUUAUCUCAACAAUUACAACACCUAAGAUGCUGGCAGAUUUCCUCAAAGAGAAGAAAACUAUUUCCUUGUGGGGCUGCAUGGUUCAGAUGUUUUUCCUUCAUUUCUUUGGAGGCAGUGAGAUGACUCUUCUUAUUGUUAUGGCUGUUGAUCGGUACAUCGCAAUAUGCAAACCUCUUCACUACACUACCAUCAUGAACCGACGGGUACUUGUGGGCUCUGUGCUACUCUCAUGGGCUGUUGGUUUUGUGCAUACUUUGAGCCAGAUGGUUUUUACUAUCACCUUGCCUUUCUGUGGACCCAAUGUAGUGGAUAAUAUUUUUUGUGACCUGCCCUUAGUCCUAAAACUUGCUUGCACUGAUACUUAUAUUCUGGAGUUGCUGGUCAUUGCUGAUAGUGGAUUAUUGUCUUUCAUCUGCUUCGUGCUUUUGCUCAUUUCCUACACCGUCAUUCUGGUGACUGUUCGACGCCGGUCCUCUGGUGGACUUUCCAAAGCAUUGUCCACACUAUCUGCUCAUAUUACUGUGGUCACUCUGUUUUUUGGUCCGUGUAUCUUCAUUUAUGCUUGGCCAUUUAGAAGCUUUUCUGUGGAUAAAUUCCUUUCAGUGUUUUAUUCAAUCAUCACACCUUUACUCAACCCCAUUAUUUAUACUUUGAGGAAUCAGGAGAUGAAGGCAGCCAUGGGUAGACUGAGGAUCCAGCAUGUCAGCUCCAGACAGAACUUCUAG